AUGGACUGCUCCCAGACCCUGUCCACACCAUGCUCAAGCCGCAGGAUACGCCAGGCGAGCUGGGUGGACCCCGCAUCCGGAAAGAAGCACCGAGGCGCGUUCCGCAUCGACGUCGAGCUCGCCGGGCCCUGGACGAUCCUAUUCCGGCGGUGGGAGGAGCGCGACGCGGUCAAUUCAGACGGGUCGGGUUUCGGGGACUCAUUUGAGCGCGCCAGCUCGCGCGAUGCUCUCGGACACGAGCAGGGUAUUUUGGCGGGGCACCAUCAGAUCAUCGCCUACGACUUGUCUGGUAUCAAAAUAGUGCUGAGAUACGAAGUCGACGCGUACCGAAUCUCCGAGCAGCCCUCCAUAGACACUCUCACUGACCAAUUAUCACCCCUGAACGUGGGGUCCGGUACAAGCGGCACGGAACAGAAGGUCUUUGAGCUUGUCGACGUCCGGCAUAUAGGCUUCGCAGUCCCGCAACCCUUGCUCGUCAAGAUCAAGUCCCGCUCGCAGCUCAGCAAGGGGCGGUUUCAUCUUAAGGAUGCAUACCUCCAGCUGUAUCUCGGCCAGAUCCCCGCCCUCUGCCUCGGGAUACACAACGGCAACGGCGUCUUCACCAGUAUCGAUGAGAUUCGGCUCGACUCGGAGCGUUGCAGCGCGGCUAAGGAGAAGGUGCAGCCGGGCUUGCGCAAGCUGCGCCGCCUCCUGGAGCAAAUCCAGAGCGCCGUUAUAGAGCGCGGCCAGGGUGCGAAGCUCAGCCUUAUCUGCCAAGGCGGAAAGCUGCUGCUUAUGCAGAGAGAGCCUGGCGACUCGUUCUUGCCGCCUACUAUACUCAAGCGCUUCACCAGCCAAGUGAUCCAGAAUCAAAUCUACAUAUAA